AUGGCACCCACCGGACUCACCCUCGAGAACGUACAGGCAUGGGCAAUCCGAGACUUCCGCGACCAAUUCAAGCACCUACCUGACGCGGGAGCAUUCCAUGUACAGUUCAACAUCGUCCGCGGGUACAACCACGACAACAGCUUCAAGAGCCUCGUGAUAGGCAGCACCCACACUAAGACAGGAAAGCCGGCGGACAUCCUCGCGUGGCUUGCAGGCAGCCGUAUACAGCUCGGAUAUAUUGGCAAGAAUCGGAAGGGAGAGCCUCAGGUCCGCUCACUAGCUUCUCCCGAGAAGGACACCUCGUCUUCGAAGUUUAAAUUUCCGUUCAAUUUCGUCCCUCCAAACCAAACCGAGACGGAAAUUGCGUGUUUCAAUGCCGUGUUACGCUACUACUUCCUUGCCAAAGGUUGGAGUAAAGGCGUAAUCGACGAAUCGGACGUCUUCAACAGAUUCAGGACUCCCUAUCUCUUUGAGCAGAUCGCCGACGACCCAUUUCCAGACCGAUCGUACACUGUAUUCAGCAGCCCGUCACCCAGUCCGCCGCCAAUUGAGGAUCCCAAAACGCCCCGGACACUACCCUCCCCACUUGAGCUGCGGGCCCGAUCUGGACAUUCACAAUCAGCCAGUCCUAGUGGGGACCAGAUCGUGGUACUCGAUGGAUCCAACGAUGCUGAUGAGCGAGAGGGCUCCGGGCUGCGAAACAAGCUUUUCGAUCUCAACAUCCGGCUAAUGAUUGCGGAGGGUCUCGCUCGGGAUGCUGAGAUAGCAGCGCGGACAGCUCAGGAAGAGGCACAGCUCUGGAGGAAACGAUAUGAAGAAGCCGAGUCGUACAGGAUCAAAUAUGAGGAGAUCAGGAGCCACUUUGGAUUGCAGGAGCAGGAUGAACGCAGAGCGUGA